UGAAUGAAAUUAGCUCCAAAACAUUGACUAGCCGCUAGCAAUAUCGAUAUUUUAUUUUUCCGCGUAAUAACAUUUGUUACAGCAUGUGACUCACUGUAAACAUGACCUAGGAUUUAUGACGCGACUACAGAAGCCCCACUCCCUAUUAUUGUGUUUAGACAUAGUAACAGUGUCACGCAAUGCACCAUGGAAGUGGAUCGCAGAAUAUGCAACGACAGCUCCAAAGAUCCAAGUCUGUCAGCGGGUCUGAAGCAGAGGAGCCGCAACAGCAGCAGCCGAACAUGGCAACGACGCAGCAGCAAGCUACAGUUAACCACCCUCAAUCACCCGUGACCACGUUUUCCUCCGCUGCCAGCCCGUCAGCCCCUCAAUCGCCCAAUUAUCAAAUAAUCAUGAGUCGUAGCCCGGUCACAGGCCAGAACAUGAACAUCACUUUACAAAAUGUGGGACAGAUGGUUACUGGUAACCAGCAGAUCACCCUUACUCCACUCCCAAUACAGAACCCAUCAUCCCCUGGCUUCCAGCAUAAUACACCUCAGUGGAGGUUUGAGCAUGCACCAUCCUCCUAUAUUCAGGUUACCUCACCUGUGCCCCAACCCUUGCAGCCCCAAAGCCCCACCCAGCACAGCCCAGUCGCUCUGCAAGGAGUAAGACCAGGAGCACCCACAGCAGCAUUGGGUGUGUGUGGACAGAGUCCAACACGAUUUGUUGACGCUGGUAUGUUAGUGCGACAAAUCAGUUUAAGCAGUCCAACAGGAAGUGGCCACUUUGUUUACCAGGAUGGCACGGGAUUGGCUCAGAUUGCCCCUGCCACACCAGGCCAGGUACAGCUGGCCUCUGCAGGAGCACCAGGCUCUGUGAGGGAACGCCGUCUCUCUCAGCCUCACUCACAGACUGGAGGCACCAUCCACCACCAUGGACCUCAAAGUCCAGUGGCCACUGGAGCUGUUCUCCCCACACUGGGGAGCCCUGGUCACAUUACCACUUCCAACCUACCUCCACAGAUCAGCAGUAUCAUUCAAGGACAGCUGGCACGCCCUAUGAUAUUUGAGAAGACAACACAGGGUAUGGUAGCUGGAGUCGGUACCACUGCCACAGCAACUUUCAGUAUACCCUCCUCCAUUCCACCUUCUAGCCCAUCCCUCACCAGUCAAGCCCAGGGGAUGGCCAAUAAUCCACUUGCAACCACCAGCAUCUCUGUGGGCACCGUGAAGAAGCUACUUCCCAAGAAGUUAGAGGAAAUUGCUCCUUCUACACCAGAGAUUGCCCAGCUGAGAAAACAGUUCUUGGAGCACCACAACAAGAAGAUGGAUAACCUAAAGGAAGUGUUCAAAGAAUAUCUGAUCGAGCUUUUCUUUCUGCAACACCUCCAAGGGAACAUGAUGGACUACGUAGCUUUUAAGAAGAAGCCCUGUGUUCCUUUGUAUACUUACUUGAGACAGAACGACUUGGACCUUGAAGAUGAAGAGGAGGAAGAAGAGCAGUCGGAGGUCAUUAAUGAUGAGGUAAAGGUUGGUACAGGAAAGGAUGGCCAAGCAGUUACACCAGUUGCCAUAGCAACCCAACUGCCUGCUAACGUCUCUGCAGCUUUCUCCACCCCACAGCAGUUUCAGGGACAUCAAACUGUCGCUGGCACCAUGGCAAACCCAGGAGACAUGGAUGCCUUUAAGAGGCAACAGGCUAUGGUGCAAGCAGGCGGGAUGCCUCCUACUCCUCAAGUGGUCCAGAUUGCAGGACAGAAGCAGAGCCAGCCACAGUAUGACCAUUCCAAAGGACCUCCAGUGCAGAACGCAGCCAGCCUGCACACCCCGCCUCCCCAGCUGCCGAGCAGGUUACCCCAAGGUGGCCUCCCAAUGCCAGGCCUGUCCAUGACGCUCUCUCAGCAGACUCAGUUAGUGGAGAAUACAGCUCAGCCUGGUGGUCACCUUCAGGCACAGGUGAAGAUGCAGGCAGGUGGGCCUGUCCUUGGUACAGUUAACCCCCACACCCAGCUGCAGGCCCAGCUGCAGCAGCAGAUGCAGCCUGGUCUUCAUCUUCAGUUGCAACCUCAGCAGCAACAACCCCAGGCCAUACUACAGUCAGGACAAGCGACGGUGGCACUGGCUCGACCAGGUGCAGAUUCAAACCAGCCAGUUCAGAGGAUAUUAACCAACUCUAUAUCCAUGACAACCAUUUCUCCUGCUCCCCUCUCUACUCCCAACUCUGUUACAACCCCCCACCUCGCAAGUCCUCUCCGUCCUCUUGGCCCUAACAUUAACCCAAGCACGCAGUCCAAACUGACUGGAACCAAUGGUAUAUCUACUGUAAAAAUAGGUGGCUUUGGUCAAACAGCGACUAUGCAGUCACAGGAGGGUUCUCAGGAUAAGCAAGUUGAACAAGCUAAACUGGAGGGUCAAGUGCAUCAACGCAUCUCUGAGCUAAGGAAGGAGGGCCAGUGGUCAGCCAGUCGACUUCCCAAGCUUGUGGAAGCCACGCGUCCAAAGUCCCACUGGGACUACCUCCUGGAGGAGAUGCAGUGGAUGGCAGCUGACUUUGCCCAGGAGAGAAGAUGGAAAGAGGCUGCUGCUAAAAAGCUUGUUCGCACAUGUGCCCGUUACCAUCAAGAGCAGAAGAAAAGUGAAGAGAGGUCCAAGGAAGAAAGGGAACUCCAUCUUCGUCACAUUGCUAGCACAAUUGCCAGAGAGGUGGAAUUCUUCUGGUCCAACAUUGAGCAGGUUGUGGAAAUUAAACUCCAGUUUGAAAUUUACGAGAAGAGGCUCAAAACACUCAGCUUGAAAAAAGCCCCGGCUAAAGCACCAGGUCAGUCGACUGGAGAGAACAUUGAUAAAGAGGAGGCGGCCACAUCAACAAAGAAAAGAAAAUUAAAUGUGUCCUUGUUUGAUGAAGAAGUGCCUGAUGAAGUGAGCACCAUAGAGGAACAGGAGGCAAUGGAAGGAGAAGCAGACCACAAGUCGGAGUUGGUUGACCUUGCAAAAAAUGCUGAGAUUCCUCUGGACACUUUGAUGAAGCAGUAUGCCGGUGCCUAUGCUGACAGCUUUGAGUGGCCUCGGCCAAGUCCAAGUCCUAGUGAUGAGGAAGACAUGGAAGAGACUGAAGAAACGGAGAGUCCUGUGGGGAGUCCACCUGAAGCUGUGUUGAUUGACUCGCUGCUGAGCGUGGAUCAGUACCGUGGAGCUGACAAAGCCACUUCCUGUGGCACGAGUGGGAAAGCUGCCAGAGACAUUGCGGAAGUGGCUGCAGCCACAGAGCUCAUCCUACCUAAAGGCAGCUUCAGGACCACCUCCUCAUCCCGGAGCCAAGCUCCUUUUCUUCUUCAUGGGUCGUUACGAGAGUAUCAGCAAAUCGGUGUGGACUGGAUGGUAAACCUUCACAAGAAGCACCUCAAUGGAAUUCUUGCUGAUGAGACGGGUCUUGGCAAGACUGUACAGACAGUGGCUUACAUGGCCCACUUAGCUGGCCAAGAGGGCAUCUGGGGACCCCACCUUGUUGUGGUGAGAACAUGCAAGUUGCUAAAUUGGGAGGUUGAGUUCAAGCGUUGGUGCCCCGGCCUGAAGAUUCUCCUGUACCUCGGCAACAGAAGGGAGCGCAGAUCCAAGAGAAUGUGGUGGGGGGAAGCCAACAGCUUCCAUGUAUGUGUGACAUCCUACAAGCUGCUUAUAAAAGACCAGAGUCAUUUUCUCAGGAGAAAGUGGAGGCACCUGGUCCUGGAUGAGGUGCAGCUCAUUAAAAACAUGACUGAAAAACACUGGGAAACAGUCUUUGCUCUCAGGAGUGAGCAGAGGAUUCUUCUCAUCAACACUCCUCUGCAGAAUACUCUGAAGGAGCUGUGGACCAUGAUCCACUUCCUUCUACCAGGAAUCACCAGGUCCUACUCUGACUUCCCUGUUAAGGCAGGAACAGACCAGAACCAGGACUACUGCCACAAACUGGUCAUUCGCCUGCAUAGGAUGAUCCAGCCGUUCAUCCUGAGACGAUCCAAAAGGGAUGUUGAAAAACAACUGCCCAAGAAGUACGAGCACAUCCUAAAGUGCCGCCUCUCCAACAGACAGAAGAGUCUUUAUGAGGAUAUCCUCACUCAACCAGGAGCUCAGGAAGCACUGAAGACAGGUCAUUUUGUCAGCGUGCUUCAGGUUUUGAUGCAGUUACAGCGAGUGUGUAACCACCCUGAGCUGGUAGUUCCCAGAGAAACCAGAAGCUCCUACUUCAGGUCCUCUCUGCAGUUCAGUGUCCCAUCAUUGGUGCUGGGAGCUCUACAAAAUGACUCAAAUAAGACUGUGAACCUGUCCAUAUUUGAUCUGAUCAAUAAUGAGAGCACACUGAGUCGGUACCAGACUGAGGAGGUGGUACCGAAACUGAAAGUCACUCAGCAGCUCAUAGAGGAGAUCCACACGGCUCCAGAUCCUCCACCACGACCCAAACAAUGUCCGAUAAAACCCAUGAGAUUAUUCCAGCCAGUGCAGUAUGGGACAAAGCCAGAAGGUCGCCUUGCUGCCAUCACAAGUGCAGCAGGCCAGCGUCCUCUGAGUUCCCCUGCUACUACCUCUGCUUCCACCACCAGCCAAUCGGCACAGAGCAGGGGCAAGCCCCCCAUCACAACUGCAACUACUACCCCCACUUCUCAUGGUGGAGAUGUGGUGAAGAUUGCUCAGCUGGCGAACAUAGCAGGCAGUCAGAAUCGUAUCUCCCAGCCAGAGACUCCUGUCACUCUGCAGUUUCAGGGCAACAAGUUCACGUUGUCCCCGAGCCAGCUCCGCCAGCUCACCACCGGACAGCCUUUGCAGCUCCAAGGUACACUCGGAAACAUCCUGCAGAUUGUGUCGGCACCAGGUCAGCAGAUCAUCAGGCCCCAGGGAUCCAUGGUGAUGCAAACCAUACCACAAGCUGUUCCCGCCUCCAAUGCCUCAUCUUCCCCUGGGACACCUCACCCUGGCCUGACAACAGCCCAACAAGCAACGGGUGUGACUACAAAUGCCACAUCAGCCCCCAACAAGCUCACUCCUGCAGCUCAUGCUGGCUCUCAAGAGUCCUCAGAAGAAAAGACUCAGCAACUGAAGGAGCGUUUGAGUCGCCUGUUUGAAGCAAAUGAGCGACGCUGCAGCCGCAGAGUAUUGUAUGGGACAGACCUGCUGCAGGCGUGUACUCUGACCUCAGAGCCAGGUCACUCUGCCCUUACAGCGGGAGGCUGGAGGUGGGUGGGCAGAGAGAGCUGCCUCAGGGCUCAGAGAACCUGCAUAGCUACCACCUCGACACUGCGGUCCACUCUGCUCUCUGUGGAGGAUCGACUGGAGGCUGCCAACGGCCUUAUCAAGAGGUUGGUAUGUGUGGUGCCUCCAGCUGCUGCUCCACCUCCUCACCUGUAUGCAGUCAAUCCCCCGGUUCCCUACAGCCUCGAGCAUAAGUCUCUUUGCUGUCGGCUAAAAGAGGCCUCUGCCCCCCACAGUGCAGAUGUCCACCACUUAACGUCCAGGAGUCUCUUCCCGUCUCCUGAUAUGCAGCUAAUGCAGAUGGACUCAGGUAAACUUGAAGCUCUUGCCAUUCUGCUGCAGAAGCUUAGGUCAGAGAGCCGCCGUGUCCUCAUCUUCACUCAGAUGGUGAAGAUGUUAGACAUCCUGGAGGCGUUCCUCGAUCACAGGCAGCUCACCUAUGUGCGGCUUGAUGAAAGCUUCACUCCUGACGAACGACAGGAGAAUAUGAAGAAGUUCAACAGGAACAGGCAGGUUUUCUGUAGCAUCCUGACCAACCGCUGCUGCUCUGCAGUCGGGACAGUGUUUGAUGCAGAUACCAUCAUCUUCUAUGACACGGACCUCAAUCCCAGCAUGGACGCCCGCACCCAAGAGUGGUGUGACAAAAUAGGACGGUCCAAGGAUAUACACAUAUACAGGUUGGAGAGUGGAAAUUCGAUCGAAGAGAAGUUGUUAAAAAACGGCACCAAGGACCUGAUCAGAGAGGUGGCUGCUCAGGGAACUGACUACACCUUGGCAUUCCUCACACAACGGACAAUCCAGGAUCUGUUUGAGGUGGAGGCAGGGUCAGGGGAGAAGGUGGAGGAGUUUGUGGUUCUUCACCAAGAACCCUCGGCCUCUGAAGCCAUAUCUCCCAGAGUGGCAAGACCCUACAUCCAAGCUCUCCACAGCAUUAAUCUAGAUGCUCUGCCAGAGGAGGAGAAGCAGCAGCAGCAAGAGGAAGAGGAGAAGUUAGCAGGCAAAGACUCAGCAGAAGACAACCAAGAGUCCGAGAGCCAAGCUAAAGAAGAGCCUGCUCAGAUUGAGGAGCUAAAUGCAGUCAUGGAACAGCUCACACCAAUUGAACGGUAUGCCCUUCAUUACCUUGAGUACCUCCACAUCAGUGAUGAUGAAACUGCUCUCAAGGAGCGUUUGGAGAGCUCUAAGAGAGGCUGGGAGCUGCAGCAGGUGCAGAAGCUGAAAGAGGAGGCGGUGGAGGAGGAGGAGCGGCAACUGAUGGAGGGAGAUGAAGAGCUCUUCACCUACACCAGAGAGGAUGCCUACAACAUGGAGUAUGUUUUUGAUGCAGAAGAUGGACAUACAGAAAUAAUGCCGCUUUGGACUCCACCUACACCUCCACAGGAUGACAACGACAUUUACAUCGACUCUGUAAUGAUGCUGAUGUAUGACACCACACCCAUGCCAGAGUCCAAGCUGCCUCCUGUCUACAUCCGCAAGGAGCACAAGAGACUCAAGAUGGAUCCUUCAGCAGCUGCUAGAAAGAAGAAGAAAGGCCACGGGGAGACGGUCAUUCCCCCACGCUCCCUUUUCGAAAAGGCCAGUAUGCUUAAAGUUCGCCGUGAAGGCAAGGACCAGAAAAAGAACUUCUCCCUCAAGCAGCAGGCACCGUUUGCCAAGCCGUUACCGUCGCUUGUUAAACCUGUUAUGGAGGCCAGCCAGGACAACCCCGAGUGGCUCAUCAGUGAGGACUGGGCUCUGCUUCAGGCCGUAAAGCAGCUACUGGAGUUGCCGCUGAACCUGACGAUUGUGUCUCCUGCCCACACUCCGAACUGGGAUCUGGUGAGCGAUGUAGUGAACUCCUGCAGCCGCAUCUACCGCUCGCCCAAACAGUGUCGCAACCGCUACGAGAAUGUCAUCAUUCCCAGAGAGGAGGGCAAGUUGGUGUAUGAGGCAAACCCCAAGAAGAAAACCAAGAGCAUAUACAAGUCCAAGAACAGUCGUCCUCUAAGGACCUGUCAGAUCUAUACACAGGACGACAAUGCAACUCACAUUCAGCUCUACAACAGCCGUUUUGAACUCAUGAAGAUCAUCGCCAGUAAACGGAGUCCGCCAAUAAAACCACUACUCGGAAUGAAUCCAUUCCAGAAGAAUCCCAAACAUGCAUCUGUCUUGGCAGAAAGUGGGAUCAGCUACGACAAGCCUCUCCCCCCCAUUCAGGUCGCUUCUCAACGUGCUGAGAGGAUUGCCAAGGAGAAAAAGGCCCUUGCAGAGCAGCAGAAGGCUCAGCAACUGGCACAGCAGACGACUGGAGCUCCUCAGGCCCAGGCUGCACCCGGUCUGGCCGGGGCUGCUGCUGCUGGCGGGACUCAGGCUCUGGUCCCCCAGGCUGCUGCAGUGACCGGAGCCACAACUGUGCCAAAUGCAGCAGUUCUGGCUGGAGCCAUAAAAAACGCCACCGUAGGCACAACCCUUCAGGCCGCCACUGUAGGGGGGAAUGUGAUUGUGAACACAGUAGCUGGAGUUCCUCCAAGUCCCUUCCAGGCCAACAAACGCCUGGCAUCUCCAGUCAUACCAGGCACCCUGUCUCCUGCCAGUGCACCUGGAGCCCAGUUGGUCCACGCUCAGCAAAGAGCUGUCACGGCUGCUCCUGCAGAAGUAGUCGCCAUAGCAACAGGCCAGGGUGUUCGAGCCGUUACCCCAGUGACAGCAUCUGCGGUAGUUUCUACCACUCUGAGCCCAGUGCAGACACAGACUCGCCCGCUGGUCGCUCAGGUGACACCAGCCCCAGGUAUGCAACUGCCGCAAGGAAAGUCUCUCACCCCAGCCCACCUGCAGAUGCUCCGUCAGCAGCAACAGCUGCAGCAGCAGCAGGCUGCUUCCCCACAGAUCAAAGCUGCGGGAAAACCUCAGGAGCUGAUGAAGAUGCACAAGCAUAAGUUGCAGCAGCAGGUGGCCGCAGCAGUUGCAGCAGCAGCUCAGGGGCAACAAGCAGGGGCCCAGCAGGCCGCCCAGGUUCAGCCUGGACAGGCCGCCCAAGCCAAUCCUCAGCUAGCAGCUGUGGCAGCGGUCAGACCUGGAGCAGUACUGACUGGCACCACUGUGGCAAACCUGCAGGUGGCCAGACUGACUCGAGUGCCCACCCAGGGUCAGCUCCAGGCCCAGGCAGGACAGACGGCCCAAGUGACCCUCACCAAGCCUCCGGUGGUCUCUGUGCCAGCUGUGGUUUCAUCAGCUGGUGUCACCACGCUGCCAGUCACCGUGGCAGGCAUCAGUGUGGCUAUUGGCCAGGCCCAGAAAACAGGCGGGCCUGUGCUGACGCCGUCCUUCCCCCAGAUGCAGGUCCAGCAGCUGCUUCAGAUGAAGAAGCAGCAGCAGCAGGCGGCGGUUCAGGCUGCAGCCGCCGCUCAGCAGAAAGCAGGGCAGCCUCAGCAGGGACAGGCCACGGUGCAGCAGAAGGUGACGGUGCAGGCGGCUCAGCCAGCCCAGCAGGCGCAGCAGAAGGUGACCUACGCUGCCACCACCCAACUCCAACCAGGGAUCAAGACCCAGUUCUUCACAUCUAUCGCCCAGGCUCAGAAGCCCACGGGGGCCCAACAGAUCCAGGUGGCUAAGCUCCCACAAAUAGUGCAGCAGCAGCCGACCGUUGCUAAUAUUCAACAAAUCGUGUCUUCUCCUCAGCAGAUCCAGGCUCAGACCGUCACUCUGACCCAGGCCGCCACAUCAGCUCCUGCUCAGGUGCAGAUGAUUCCCGCUGGGACGACGACAGCGCAGGUGGUCCAGCAGAAGAUCCUCCAGCAGCAGGUGGUGACCGCAGCCGCCUCGCCGCAGAUCCAGACGCCUCCUUCCCACAGCCCUGCACAGCAGCCCGCGGCCUCUGCUGCAGAGUCUCCUGCACAGCAACCAGCUCCGCCCCAACAGCCCACCAAGGGUCAGGCUCGACAGGGGGGCAUCAGAGCCAAAACUCCUGCCAAGCCCAGCAGCUAGGAGAGUCACACUGAGGAAACUGGAUUUGUCAGUGGUUUUUUUUGCAGUAUACACAUUACAGUACAGUUGUGCUGAAGCAUUCUUCUGCAUCUCACAGCAGCUGAGGGCAGAAUCAGACGUUUCUCCACAUCCGAAACCAAACCAGACCUUAAAUCUGAACCUGAGCGCGGCUCGACACAACAUAACUCAUUUCACCUAAACAGUUCGGGCAGAUCAGUCUCUGCUCUCCUGGUGAGAUUUAUAAUUUUUCAUUACUGAAUCAACAAUGUUGAUGUUGUCUUUAUUUGAUCCAUGAAUUGUGGAAUGUUUCUUGAAAUUUGUAUAACUUAAAAAAAAAAUCCCCCCCCACGGCUGCGACCCAGCUCAUCCAACGACAGACACAAAGUGAUGCCUUCAAAGUGAUGAUUCAAAUGUUACUCAGCAGAUGUGAGGCUGAUGUUUGUGGGUAUUUCAGAGUUGGGGGAAUGAGCUGUCCGUUAGAAUAAGUGUAUUCAUAAAUAGUCCCUUUUAUGUCUAAUUCCCUUGUUGUCUAUAGAUAGAUGAAUGGAGAAUAAUGCACGUUCCUUUAGUCAUUUGUUUUUUAUUGCAGCAAAUACACUGUAAACAUGUACUUUAGUAUUUUGUGUUUUCUCAUAAAUUGUCUUUUUUUAUUGAUGUCAAAGGAAAAAAUGUAAAUAUCAACAAAAACAUUUGUACUUGUAAAGUAGUUGUGUUUUCAUUGGGUUUUUUCAGCUAAUUGUAAUAAAGUGUUUUGUUUUUAUACACAAAUUCAUCCUUUUUUCCCCUUUUUCUUUUUGCAUUAAAUCCGUUGUAAGUA